GACCAGCAAUCCCAAAAACAUGCAUCGAAGGCACACCACGCUCCGGGAGAAGGGCCGGAGACAGGCCAUCCGGGGCCCAGCCUACAUGUUCAACGAGAAGGGCACCAGCCUCACGGCGGAGGAGGAGCGCUUCCUCGACUCCGCCGAGUAUGGCAACAUCCCCGUGGUGCGGAAAAUGCUGGAGGAAUCCAAAACCCUCAACUUCAACUGCGUGGACUACAUGGGGCAGAACGCCCUCCAGCUGGCCGUGGGGAACGAGCACCUGGAAGUGACGGAGCUGCUGCUCAAGAAGGAGAACCUGGCCCGGGUGGGGGACGCCCUGCUGCUGGCCAUCAGCAAGGGCUACGUGCGCAUCGUGGAAGCGAUCCUGAACCACCCGGCCUUCGCGCAGGGCCAGCGCCUCACGCUCAGCCCCCUGGAGCAGGAGCUGCGGGACGACGACUUCUACGCCUACGACGAAGACGGGACCCGCUUCUCCCACGACAUCACCCCCAUCAUCCUCGCCGCCCACUGCCAGGAGUACGAGAUCGUCCACAUCUUGCUCCUCAAAGGCGCGCGGAUCGAGAGGCCGCACGACUAUUUUUGCAAGUGCAAUGAAUGUAUCGAGAAGCAGAGGAAGGACUCCUUUAGCCACUCCCGCUCCAGGAUGAAUGCCUACAAAGGAUUAGCCAGUGCUGCUUAUUUGUCCCUUUCCAGUGAAGACCCUGUCCUUACUGCCCUAGAGCUAAGCAAUGAACUGGCCAGACUAGCCAACAUUGAAACUGAAUUUAAGAACGACUAUCGGAAGUUAUCUAUGCAAUGCAAGGACUUUGUGGUGGGGGUGCUGGACCUGUGCAGGGACACUGAGGAAGUGGAGGCCAUUCUGAAUGGAGAUGUCAACAUCCACUUGUACCCCGAGCACCACCGGCCGAGCCUGAGCAGGAUUAAACUUGCCAUUAAAUACGAGGUCAAGAAGUUUGUUGCUCACCCCAACUGCCAGCAGCAGCUGCUCACCAUGUGGUACGAGAACCUCUCCGGCCUGCGGCAGCAAUCCAUAGCUGUGAAGUUCUUGGCUGUCUUUGGAGUCUCCAUUGGCCUGCCCUUCCUUGCCAUAGCCUACUGGAUCGCUCCCUGCAGCAAGCUGGGCCGGACCCUCAGAAGUCCUUUCAUGAAGUUCGUGGCACACGCGGUUUCUUUCACCAUCUUCCUGGGACUGCUGGUGGUGAACGCCUCGGAUCGAUUCGAGGGAGUCAAAAACCUCCCCAACGAGACCAUCACGGACCACCCGAAACAAAUAUUCAGAGUCAAAACCACCCAGUUCUCGUGGACAGAGCUGCUCAUCAUGAAGUGGGUGUUGGGCAUGAUCUGGUCCGAGUGCAAGGAGAUCUGGGAAGAGGGGCCACGGGAAUACGUGGUGCAUCUCUGGAACCUGCUGGACUUUGGGAUGCUGUCCAUCUUCGUAGCAUCAUUCACUGCCAGGUUCAUGGCUUUUCUCAAAGCCUCUGAAGCACAACAGUACGUGGACCAGUACGUUCAAGACGACGACCUCAACAAUGUCACCCUUCCCCCUGAAGUUGCUUACUUUACCUAUGCCAGGAACAAGUGGCUCCCCUCGGAUCCCCAGAUCAUUUCAGAAGGCCUGUAUGCCAUAGCUGUGGUACUCAGCUUCUCCCGCAUUGCUUACAUUCUUCCAGCCAACGAAAGCUUCGGCCCCCUGCAGAUCUCCCUGGGGAGGACUGUGAAGGAUAUCUUCAAGUUCAUGGUCAUCUUCAUCAUGGUGUUCCUCGCCUUCAUGAUUGGGAUGUUCAACCUUUACUCCUACUACCUGGGUGCAAAGUACAACCCCGCCUUCACCACGGUAGAAGAAAGUUUUAAAACCUUAUUCUGGUCAAUAUUUGGCUUAUCUGAAGUGAUAUCUGUGGUGCUGAAGUACGACCAUAAAUUCAUUGAGAAUAUUGGGUAUGUACUCUACGGAGUCUAUAACGUGACCAUGGUGGUGGUGCUGCUCAACAUGUUGAUAGCCAUGAUCAACAACUCCUAUCAGGAAAUUGAGGAGGAUGCAGAUGUGGAGUGGAAGUUUGCACGUGCCAAGCUCUGGCUGUCCUACUUCGAUGAAGGAAGGACUUUACCUGCUCCUUUCAAUCUAGUGCCAAGCCCUAAAUCAUUUUAUUAUCUCAUACUGAGAAUAAAAAUGUGCCUCAUAAAACUCUGCAAAUCCAAGGCCAAAAACUGUGAAAAUGAUGUUGAGAUGGGGAUGCUGAAUUCCAAACAACGGAAAGUUCGUUUUCACUCAAUCAUUCAAAACACAGAGAAUUUUUCGGGGAAGAACGCUUAUAACAAGCCCACGAGAUAUCAGGUGACAGCCCUACCUCCCUCUGGAUUCUACUACCUUGGCCAUCUUCAACACACCAAAAUCAUGAAGCGUCUGAUCAAACGGUACGUGCUCAAGGCUCAGGUUGACCGAGAAAACGAUGAGGUCAACGAAGGAGAACUUAAAGAGAUCAAACAAGACAUUUCUAGUCUGCGCUAUGAACUCUUGGAAGAGAAGUCCCAAGCUACUGGUGAGCUGGCAAAACUAAUCCAGCAGCUGAGUGACAAGUUUGGGAAGACCUUAAAUAAGGACAUUUGAUGGUGAAUGCAGAGAGAGGCAACUGGUUUUCUUAACAUUAUUCAGUCUCAACCAGCAUCUUAGGAGGGCAAAAGCCACGUAAAAAGUGGGUACUGCACACUCAGCUUUCGCUGCAGCAAGUGUUGGGAGGAGCACUUUGCACCUCUCCUGCACUUGGUGAGUUACCAGUUAAACCUUUUCUGAUACAAAAGCGACUUAUUGGUAAAAAUGUAUGCCCUUUGACAUCAGAAAUAGGUGCACCACAGAGAAGGCACCUCCAGUUAAAGGCAAGAAAUGCAGAUCUUCAUCCAUCUGACUCUAGAGAAGACAAUACAACUGUGCUCACUUACAGCAACUGAGACUGUCCUGACCAGAACUGGGUGAAGCCUGAAGAAAAAAAAAUGUGCCAAACAUAUAUCCCUGCAAAAUGUUUUAAAUUCCUAUUCUUGGGUGUGUAUUCUCCUUUUAUAAAUGUUUACAUGGGCAGCCAUGAAGAAAACUCUGAACAGCACUGUGGCUCAUGGAAAACAAAAAUCACCUGCUGAAACGACCAAGGUAGGACACAGAGAGACUGG